AUGGUGAUCACUGUGGCGUAUCGUCUCAAUAUCUUGGGCUUCUUCACGACCAUGGAUUCGGAGGCUCCAGGGAAUUACGGGAUGUUCGACCAGAUAGCGUCUCUGGAUUGGAUCCAGAAGAAGAUCCAGCAUUUCGGAGGUUCUCCAUACAACGUGGUGAUCUACGGCCACAGCUCCGGUGCUAUAAGUGUGGGUUUACACCUGGUGAGUCCUCUGAGCAGAGGUAAAUUCUCCAAAGCCAUCGCCAUGAGCGGAGACGCGGUGAGCUCUGUUGGCUCGCCUCAAAAUGAAUUACCGGUGGUCGACAUCGUCACCGAUACGUUUGGUUGUUAUCGACGACCAACGUCAGCGCUGAUGGAGUGUCUUCGUCGAGUAAACGUGACCGCCUUGGUCGAUCUAACUUCCUCUAUCGAGACCUGGGGUCCCAUCGUUGACUACGAGACAAAUAACUCCACGGAACCGUUUUUACCUAUGCAUCCAAAAGACAUAUUAGACAGUGGCACUUUGAACUCCGUUCCUUUAAUCGUCGGUUACACCAAUAAUGAACAGGCAUUGGCCUAUAUAGAGUCCCUAGACAAGGGGGACUUGGAUGGAAAGCUUUCUUAUAGAAAUUUCGAGAUGAUGAUCACUGACGAGUUCGUAUCAUUGGUCCAGGAAGAUAACAGUACCUGCGAACUGAAACCAGAAAUGGUCGCCGAGGCGGUGCUGUUCUUUUACAAGCCUCAUCCGCCGAGCAAGGAUCAAGGUAACCUUCGGGACAGGUACUUGGAUCUGCAAACGGAGAAGAAAUACGCAGCUGGGCUCACUCUGUUGGCUGGUAAGGUGUCCAAGGAAAAGCUGGCGUAUGUUUACAGGUUUGACUACAGGUCCAAGACUCAGUCUGUCAUCAAGGAUGUGCCUGAAUGGGCCGGGGUUCCUCACAUGUUCGAGCUUCCAUUUUUCUGGGGACUUCCCCAAAUGACUAACAGCCCUGUUCAAUGGAAUUUCGCCGACAAGAAAAUGGCCGAGGUAGUAAUGGGGAUGCUGGGUAAUUUCGCCAAGAAUGGCAAUCCAGGAAUUGUUAAAUGGGAAUCGUACACCGAAGAAGAUCCUGGAAUCUUAAUCAUCGAUAGGAACCUCGAUAUGAGCGAUUCCAAUGUUAUUGAUUACAAAGCACUGGCUUUCUGGAACGAAUAUUAUCCGAUGAUUCUUAAAGAGACGAUGAGUAAUUGUUGCAACAUGACCAGUCACUCCACAACAUGGAGAAAAGCUUCUUAUGGGGUUGUUCUAAGUGGAUUCGCUGUUGUCACGAUGUUCUGGUGCUUGGAAUUGUAGUCGAUGAAUUAUUUAGAUUUCCUUUGCAUGCGUACGAUGGAGCCUCUUCUAUACAAACGUUGAUGAGUUUAGGGCGUCCUGGUUUGUGUUAUCUUCUUGAUAGAUGAAUCAUGUAAUAUAGUCUGUUCUUCAAUUAAUUCCAUUUUGCGUUCGAUCGGCCGCAUUAUGGUUUGUGUUUUCAUAAUGGCUGCAUAAAAACAGACCUAAAUGCGAAACGCUGAUGCAUCACGAGCAUCGUUUAGCAUUUUAGCAUUUUUAAAUUUAGUUUGGUCGUAAGGACAAUGAAAACGCUUAGGACAUUAAAGAAGGGUUGAGAAGGCAAAGUGGUGUAUGUUCGCAAAAAGUUUUCCAGUUUAACGAUUUGUACGCUUCGAACAAUAUUUAUUACGAAACAAAAUCAAAUUUUAAACGGAUUAAAUAUAUAUGUAUACGAAACUUACACGAUCGUAUAAAAAAAAGAAGGGAAAAAACAGAUCAGGUGUCUAGGUUGUAGCAAUGAGGAGGAGAACCAGAGAGCCUGGGCUUAUUUUCUUUGUUUUCGUUUUUUAUCUUUUUCUUAACAUUCACUGAGAGAUUUUUUAUUAUUUGCUUUAAUACGGAGAGAUAUAGAAAAAACAUAUAUUGUUCGAGAAACAAACGGUUGAUAUAACUUAUGAAUAUUUUGAUGCUUCGAUAAUAAUUAAUAAUAAUAAUAAUAGUAAUAAUAAUCAUUCGUGUGUGUGUCUCUGUCUGUCUGUGUUCUUUUUCUCUUUAUUGUGUGUAUGUGUACUGUCUAUGUAUAAUUAUUAUAUUUUAUAUAUAUAUAUAUAUAUAUAUAAAAGAAGUGCGCGGCGAGAGAUGCAUGGAGGGGCCAGUGGCCUGCGCACGCGCACAUCCAAACAUUUUUCUUUUUUUUUUCAUUCUUUUCUCCUAAAUAUAUAUAUAUAUAUAUUUAUAUACUAUCAUUAAUUAAUCAUAUUUCUUUUAUUCAUCCUCACUUGUGUUCUUCUGUCUUCUCUCUUCCUUUCUUUUUCUUCUUGUUUAUUCAUUAAUGCAAAACUCCUAAUGAUAACCGACGUCACGGGGUCU